GCCGGCGCCGGCGGUCAGGGGCUGUGGAGCGGGCUCAGCUGCGGCAGGUGCUCCGGGCGGACCUGGACGAGCGCGGACCCGCACGGCGCCGCGCACUGCGGGGAAGAUGCUGCACGAGCGGACGGUGCGGCUGCAGCACGGGAGCCGCGUGGAGGCGGUGUACGUGCUGGGCACCUACCUCUGGACCGAUGUCUACAGCGCAGCCCCAGCCGGGGCCCAGACCUUCAGCCUGAAGCACUCAGCGCGCGUGCGGGUAGAGGUGGUGCGGGACGGGCAGGCCGAGGAGGUGGUCUCCAAUGGCAAGCAGCGCUGGCCCCUCUCACCCACCACCACGCUGCGGCUCACCAUGAGCCAGGCGAGCUCCGAGGCCAGCAGUGACAAGGUCACCGUCAACUACUAUGAAGAGGAGGAGAACACCCCCGUCGACCAGGCUGGGCUCUUCCUCACGGCUGUCGAGAUCUCCCUGGAUGUGGAUGCAGACCGGGACGGCGUGGUAGAGAAGAACAACCCAAAAAAGGCAUCCUGGACCUGGGGCCCCGAGGGCCAGGGGGCCAUCCUACUGGUGAACUGUGACCGAGACACGCCCUGGUUGCCCAAGGAGGACUUCAAGGAUGAGAAGGUCUACAGCAAGGAAGACCUCAAGGACAUGUCCCAGAUGAUCCUGCGGACCAAAGGCCCAGAGCACCUCCCCGCCGGAUACGAGAUAGUUCUCUACAUUUCCAUGUCGGACUCGGACAAAGUGGGCGUGUUCUACGUGCAGAACCCGUAUUUCGGCCAGCGUUACAUCCACAUCCUGGGCCGGCAGAAGCUUUACCACGUGGUCAAGUACACGGGUGGCUCUGCGGAGCUGCUGUUCUUCGUGGAAGGCCUGCGUUUUCCCGACGAGGGCUUCUCGGGCCUGGUCCACAUCCACGUCAGCCUGCUGGAGUAUAUGGCCGAGGGGAUUCCCCUGACACCCAUCUUCACAGACACCGUGCUAUUCCGGAUUGCUCCGUGGAUCAUGACCCCCAACAUCCUGCCUCCCGUGUCGGUGUUUGUGUGCUGCAUGAAGGACAAUUACCUGUUCCUGAAAGAGGUGAAGAACCUGGUGGAGAAAACCAACUGCGAGCUGAAGGUCUGCUUUCAGUACAUGAACCGAGGCGACCGCUGGAUCCAGGAUGAAAUCGAGUUUGGCUACAUCGAGGCUCCCCACAAAGGUUUCCCCGUGGUGCUGGACUCUCCCCGAGACGGCAACCUGAAGGACUUCCCAGUGAAGCAGCUCCUGGGCCCAGAUUUUGGCUAUGUGACCCGGGAACCCCUCUAUGAGACUGUCACCAGCCUCGAUUCCUUUGGAAACCUGGAGGUCAGUCCCCCAGUGACUGUGAACGGCAAGAAAUACCCCCUGGGCCGGAUCCUCAUCGGGAGCAGCUUUCCUCUGUCUGGCGGCCGGAGGAUGACCAGGGUGGUGCGGGACUUCCUGCAGGCCCAGCAGGUGCAGGCGCCCGUGGAGCUCUACUCGGACUGGCUGACCGUGGGCCACGUGGACGAGUUCAUGACCUUCGUCCCUGUCCCAGACACAAAGAAAUUCCUGAUGCUCAUGGCCAGCACCUCGGCCUGCUACAAGCUCUUCCGAGAGAAGCAGAGGGAGGGCUAUGGGGAGUCCAUCAUGUUCAAAGGCUUGGGCGGGAUGAGCAGCAAGCGAAUCACCAUCAACAAGAUUCUGUCCAGUGAGAGCCUCGUGCAGGAGAACCAGUACUUCCAGCGCUGCCUGGACUGGAACCGUGACAUCCUCAAGAAGGAGCUGGGACUGACGGAGCAGGACAUCAUUGAUCUGCCCGCUCUGUUCAAGAUGGAUGAGAACCGCCAGGCCAGAGCCUUCUUCCCGAACAUGGUGAACAUGAUUGUGCUCGACAAGGACCUGGGCAUCCCCAAGCCGUUCGGGCCCCAAGUGGAGGAGGAGUGCUGCCUGGAGACGCAUGUCCGCUCCCUGCUGGAGCCCCUGGGCUUCUGCUGCACCUUCGUCGAUGACAUUUCCGCCUACCACAAGUUCCUGGGGGAGGUGCACUGCGGCACCAAUGUCCGCAGGAAGCCCUUCGCCUUCAAGUGGUGGCACAUGGUGCCCUGAGCUGCAGGGGGCCGUGGCGCUUCCCUCCUUCCCUGCGUUCUCCAGACCCCUCAUGCCCCCAGAGCUUCCCCUGCCCGACGUGGACUGGGUGGCCCCGCCCAACACCUCCAGGAAGGGGGGAGGGAUUUGAGAUAUCUGUGCCUUGCCCUCCCUCAGAAGGGCCUCAGCAUCCACUGAAGUCCCCCGCCCUGUGAGCCUCAACUCUGCCCUUCCUGAAAAUAGCCGGGCAUUUGGCCAGUGUCUCUGUAGCCCUGACAUGAAAUACAAAACACAACAAAAAGCCAUGUACCCAAACCAUUCUGCAAAGAAUCCUUAGUCUCUUGUCCAAAAUUGAAUGAGGGGAGAAGGGAAGGAGGUUCUGGGGUCACCGGUUCUCCCGGGAGCCGUGCCCUGAAGGUGGAUGGUGCGCAAAGGGACCCUGAGACCCUGGACGUGCCUUGAACUGCCAUCAUCAUUUCAAGUUCACCUCCCUUGGGGUGUCCAGGUGGCCCCCCCAUUAUUCAUUCCU